CCCAUCAAGGCUCCUGAGUCUGUAUCCACUAUAAUUACAGCAGAAUCAAUCUUCUAUAAGGGUGUGUACUAUCAAAUUGGAGAUGUUGUGUCAGUGGUUGAUGAGCAGGAUGGAAAAACAUACUACGCUCAGAUCCGUGGGUUUAUUCAGGACCAGUACUGUGAAAAGAGUGCUGCGCUGACCUGGCUUAUUCCUACACAAGCCAGCCCCAAAGAUUGUUUUGACCCAGCAUCCUAUAUCAUAGGACCAGAAGAAGAUCUCCCAAGGAAAAUGGAAUAUUUAGAAUUCGUUUGUCAUGCACCUUCGGAAUAUUUCAAAUCUCGAUCGUCUCCCUUCCCUACUGUUCCUACAAGACCAGAGAAGGGCUAUAUAUGGACUCAUGUGGGACCUACUCCUGCAAUCUCCAUUAAAGAAACUGUUACCAAUAAUUUAUAAUUUUUUAAAGGACUACUUUGGACGAGUUAUUUUGAGUGUACUCUCAGGUCUGUGAACCCCAUACAAGAAGUUUAAAAGAAUUAUAAAAUGUUCAUUUUGCUUUAUGGAUUAUGGUAUUUGUUUGUUUUAAAUUAUAUCAGAUCUUCAAAGUGGAAGUUUUCUUUCCAUUUGAUGUGUUACUUCUGUGCUCUGUUCUUCAGACAAUAUUGCUCAUUUUGGGACAGAACCACAAGUUUCAUGUCAUCUGUUGCCUUUAGUGUUCUAUUUUCUAACUUAUUUUCUAGAAAAGGAAUUAAAACACAUAAUCAUCCAGCACUUUAUAUACUUGUUUAAUUUAGUUAACUGUGACUGCAGUUUUUUUUUUUACUUAAAUAAUUUAAGACU